UUGGCAGGGAGAGCCUUGGUGGCUGCAGGGUGGGUGCCGUCCCUUGGCCCCCCAUCCUAGCAUUCACACCAGUUGGCAGGAGUGCAGAGUGGGGUGGCAUUGGCACAAAUCUGCUAAGACACAGGCUGAGCCAGAAUCCCGUCCUUUGGGGACCUGGGAUGCCCUGCCAUCCGCAGAGGGUUUACUGAGCGGGAGCUGUUGGCCCCCAUCUUUUUUUCCUCUGUUUGUCCAACAGAUACUCACUGAACAGCCCUUACUAUGUGCCAGGUGCCUUACCAGGCCCUGGGAAUCCAGAAUGAGUAAGUCAGAUGCGCUCCCAGCCCCACGGAACAGAGUUAGGUUGAGUGAGAAUAGACAAGUGAAUAGACCAAAGGAUAAAAUCAUUACAAAGUGAGAACAGCUCUGAGCGAAACCAGAAGGGUGCCGAAACCGUACAGUAGGGGUGAGGUGGGGAGGGGAGGGGAGAUCUGGGACACGAAGGAUGCCAGCUCUUUCCCCGGAAGCCUAAGCCAUCUGGCUGCCACUUGGAGACAGGCUGGUUAAGGAUUACGCCGGCAGAGGCAAGUGGGCGAGAAAUUUAAAAGAGACGCUGGCAUUGGGCGGGAGGGGCUCCCUUGACAAGGAAGGGCUUACGUCAGAUCCGCCCCUGCGGGAGCCUUGCUCGCCUGCCUGCUGCUCUUCCGUCCCCAGGUGUGGAGCUGAGCUGUCUCAGGCCAGCCCCGUAGUGGGAUGGAGCAGCCUGUGGGCGUCCCAAAACACGGCGCCGCAUGUGGCCAAGGGCCUGCUCUGGAAGCCGGACACCCCUGGGCCGCUGCCCUUGCUGCCUCCUGGUGCCGAUCCCUGGGACCCCGGUGUGACUGCCCAGGAUCUGCUUUUCCGGGGAGGUUACCAGUUCCGUAGACAGCCCCAAGCCGUGCUGGACGUUACUGAGCAGCUCAGCCGGUUCUUGUGGGACCAUGGGGACAUAGCCUUUGCACCCCUGGGGAAGCUGAUGCUGGAGAAUUUCAAACUGGAGGGAGCACGGAGCCGCUCUAAGAAGAAGACAGUGGUCAGCGUGAAGAGGCUACUCCAGGACCUCGGUGGACACCAGCCCUGGGGCUGUCCCUGGGCUUACCUCAGCCACCGCCAGCGCCGGUUCUCCAUCCUUGGGGGCCCGAUCCUCAGCACGUCGGUGGCGAGCCUCCUGGGGGAGCUGCUGCAUGAGGAGCUGGCCCUGCGGUGGGAGCAGCUGCUCCUGGAUGACGCCUUCACUGGGGGCGCGCUGGCCUGGGUGCCCGGCAGGACGCCCGGGGCUGGGCAGCUGGUCUAUCCUGCAGGAGGCGCCCUGGACAGGCUGUACUUCCAGAAGGUCAACCUGACCCCAGGCAGUGAGCCCCGGGUUCUCGGAGACCCUGGCCAUAUCCGGCUCCGGGGACCUGUCCGGCAGGUGGUGACCCGCACCGUGCAGGGAGAAGCUCUGCUGGCUGUCCGCUCUGACUACCACUGUGCCCUGUGGAAGCCCUCACCUGCCUGGAGAGCUGGCCAUCUGCAGCCGUUCCGGAGCCAUCUGUCUGUGGACUCCCCAGGACGGGUAACGCCCCUUCCCCAUAAAAACCCUCCACCCCAACCAACGGCUCCCGCAGAACCCGGCCCACGUCCUGGACACCAGGCCAGGUCACCCCAGCCUCCCCCCAUCAGCCGGUCUCCCCACCAUGGCUGGCCUGUCUCCCCAAGGCUGCAGCAAAUCUACAAGGACCCCGAGACCCUUGUGUUCCGGGACCCCUCUCCCUGGCGUUGGGCAGACUUCACCGCCCACCCUCGAGUGCUGACUGUGGGUGAUCGCACCGGAGUGAAGAUGGUGGACACUCAGGGCCCGCAAGGCUGUGGUCUGCUGCUUUUUCGUGGAGGGGCAGAAGCGUCAUGCCAGAAAGGGGAACGGGUCCUGCUCACCCAGUACCUGGGGGAGUGCGGCCCCGAGUGUCUGCACCCCACGCUCCACCUCAUCUGCACCCAGUUCUCGCUCUACCUGGUGGAUGAGCGCCUCCCCUUGGUGCCCCUGCUGAAGUGGAACCAUGGCCUCCCCUCCGCGCCCCUGCUGGCCCGGCUGCUGCCCCUGCCCCGCACAGGCCUCCCGCGGCCGCUGCUCCUGGCAGGCCAGGGUGGGGAGCUGCAGCUGCUGCACAUCGCAGGAGAGGGGGCCUCCACACCCCGGCUGGCAGGGCCCCCCCAGUCUCUCCCUUCCAGGAGCGACUCCCUCUCUGCCUUCCCCCCACUGGAGCCCAAGAGUCAGUGGCGGCUGCAGGAACGUCUGACAGCACCAGCCAUAGGUCUGGCCGCCGCCAUCCCACCCUCCGCUAACACACCGGUGCUGUCGCUCUUCCAACUUUCGGCGGCUGGAGACGUCUUCCACCAGGGCCUCCACCUCCAGGCAGACCCCGGGCCUGACUCUUCUGCCCCCACGGCUUCCUGGACCCCCCAGGCCACUGCCUCCUGCAGCCGGUGGCUGAAGGCCCUGCUGGAGGUGCCCCCGGCUCCCCCCGUGUGGGCUGCACCCACCUUCUCCCACCGCCGCCUGCUGGGCUGCUUUGAGCCCCAGAAGGCAGAGGGCAAAGCGCCAGAGGGUCUCCGCACGGCCAUGGCCAAAGGGCGUCUCCUGCAGCUGAGGGACCUGGGCUUGCUCCCCACGGAAGAGCGGGCCCCAGCCCCCGAGCCAGGCCCCGAGGACGAGCUCAGCGAGCGUUUGGAGGCAGCCUGGGAGGGCCAGGCGGCGGCCUGGUGGGAGAGGCGGCGGGGCAGCAGCCUGGGGCCCGGCAAACAGCCCAAGCGGCACAAGCGCCGGACUCAGCUGUCCAACACCUUCUCCUCGCUCAGCGGCCGCUUAGACCUCUCAGACGCCGCCAGCCCCCCUCCCAGCCCAGAGCGGACACUCCCUGCGGCCAGGCCUCAGCCUCCAGUGACCCCGCCCUCCCAGGAGUCCACCCAGGAGCUGUGGGCCCGGGCCGUCCCCUCGGAGCGGCAGCAGACCCUCCGGGACUACAUGGCUGAGCUGCCGCUCCGGGGGGAUGCCCUGGGGGGUGCCUCUGUGCCUUCCUCCCAGACCUCCAGUGUCCGGGCCACCCCCUCCCGGCAGCGGGCAGCCGUCCGCUCCGGCUCGCAGCCACACUGCAAGAAGCCCCGCAUGGGCUUCUGAGGCCCGGGGAAGCUGCCCCCCACCUCCAGGGAGCCCUUUGUCCUGGAUAAGCUGUGCCUUUUGUGGUUGAAACGGGAAACAGAACAGUCGCCAGGGUGCAGACCUUCCUGCUUUCCGAAGGCCUUCGUGACUGCGGGAGACAUUCAGAAGCGAUUUGAAUCCACAUUGGAGGAAGAGGGACAAGGUAGUCGUUUCUCCUGCAGCUCGUGCUCCCAGGGGCACGUUGAGAAGUCCUGGGAGCCCCGUCCUGAAGGUCAGUGUCGCCGGGAUCCCCUCCAGCCGACAGUGUUGUGCCGGAAAGCAGGGGCUCCAGGCGGCCGAGGGCUCCGCCACGCACGGGCCCCUGGGGACGUGGUGGGCGAUGGUGAAGUGAGCUGCCCAGCCUGCCGGUGCUCCGCUGCUGGGUGUCGGCAGCUCGCUGCUGGUGGUUAGGUGUGUGUGUGUGAAGCGGUUUCUAGCACCAUCUAACGUUUUAUAGAGGGAGGCACUUUGGACCCACGUUUAGGGGUUGAAUAAACUGUCAGCUGAG